AUGGCACCUCGAAAAUAUUUAUGCGGAAAUGAAAAAAGGAAAAAGAAAAAACGAGAAGAAGAACUUGUUGAAUCACAAAAAGGAGCUAUUGAUAAAUUUUUAUCAAGAAGUUCAAAUGUUCCUAUAGUUAGCGAAUCAAAUGAAAAUUUAAGUGAUGAAAAUAUUGUUUCAAGUGAACCUAUUACUGAAAAUAUUAUGCCAAGUGAUUUAAAUAAUGAAAAUGUAGUUGAUGAUGGUCAAUCUUUACCGAAUUUUCAUAAUGAUAAUGUUAUGCCAAGGGAAUUUGAUAAUGAAAAUCUAGGUGAUGAUAGUCAAACUUUACCACAUUUUGAUAUAUAUGAACCUAGCACAUGGAAAAAUCUAGAUAACAAAGCGAGGGACAUUUUAGUUGAGAAGGGAUUUGAAAGAGAAUUGAACAAUAAUUUUCCUUUAGAUGAAGACCGAAGGAAAUUUUCAUAUGCACAUUAUUCUAGAAAAUUGAGUAAUGGAGAAAUUAGUGAUCGAAAAUGGUUGAUUUACUCUAAACUUGUCGAUAAAGUGUUUUGCUUUUGUUGUAAAUUAUUCAAAUCUAAUAGCAAUACAACUUUAUUAGCAAAUGAAGGAUUGAGAGACUGGAGACAUUUCAAAAGACUAUCUGACCAUGAAAAUAGUAUUGAGCAUAUGACUAAUAUGAGCUCCUGGAAUGAGCUAAGACUAAGGUGGGGAAAAAAUGAAACAAUUGAUAAUGAGUUGCAAAAACAAAUUAUGAUGGAAAAAGAACGAUGGCGACAAGUUUUUAUUAGAAUAGUAGCCGUCAUAAAAUGUCUUGCUAAAAAUCAUUUGGCUUUUCGAGGAUCUAAUGAGAAGCUCUAUCUAAAUAAUAAUGGUAAUUUUUUGGGAAUUAUUGAGAUGAUCGCAGAAUUUGAUGUAAUAAUGCUAGAUCAUGUUAGACGAAUUCAAAAUCAUGAAGUUCAUUAUCAUUAUCUUAGCCACAGAAUACAAAAUGAGUUGAUUUCUCGUUUAGGCGUUAGUGUUAAAACUUCUAUCAUAAAGAGAAUUAAAGAAGCAAAAUAUUUUUCUAUAAUUCUUGAUGGCACUCCAGAUAUAAGUUAUCAAGAACAAAUGGUCCUAGUUGUACGAUGUGUAAAUAUGUCAAGUAAUGAAAUAAAAAUAGAAGAGUAUUUCUUAGAAUUUUUGAAGGUAGAUGAUACAUCUGGACUGGGGCUCUUUAAUGAAUUGUUAAAUGUAUUAAAACUACUUGACCUUAAUGUUGAUGACAUUAGAGGGCAAGGUUAUGAUAAUGGUUCUAAUAUGAAAGCUAUCUCAUUUUUUGGAGUUGUGCAACAUAUAUAUUCAUUAUUUUCGAGUUCUACUAAGCGGUGGAAGAUCUUACUUGAUAGUGUUUCUUCAUUUACUGUCAAAUCUUUGUGUAAUACCCGUUGGGAGAGUAGGGUUAAAAGUGUAAAAGCCAUUAGAUUUCAAGCCCCUCAAAUAAGAUUGGCUUUGUUAGAAUUAUAUAAAUCUUCAGAAGAUGCGAAAACAAAGAGUGAAGCUGAAAGUUUGGUAACUGCAAUUGAGAACUUUGAAUUUUUACUUGGUAUGAUUAUUUGGUAUCAGAUGUGA